AUGUGUUCAGGCAACAAAUACGUGGUGUUUGAUUUCAAUGAGCAUGAACUAUUCAAUGCCAAGGAGUCUGGCUCACUCAAUUUUUUGGGUGGCAAAAAUAGGGCAUGGGAGAUCAUUAUCACAGAUAUGCAGGAUAAUAAGGUGAUCUCACUUCGUCGACCAUACACCUUCGGGCCUGAUAAGAUGGAAGUGAAGGUAUGCAAUCAGGUGGUCAGCAUAGUGCGCCAGAAGGUCACGUUCAUGAAAGCAAUGCUGAACAUCAACGAUCCCCAAGACCGUCUCGUGUUAAAAGUUAAAGCACCAGCUAUAAUAAUAGGAGAAUGUGACUUUGAGAUAUUUACUCCUAGCAAGCAACGUAUAGGCGUGAUUCGCAAGCUUUGGGGCGGAUGGGCUCAGGAGGCGUUUAGUAACAAAGACUACUUCAACAUAAACUUCCCGACAGACUUGGACGUGCGCUACAAGGCUGCAAUCAUAGGAACUUGCUUACUCAUUGAUUUCCUGUACUACGAGUCAUAGUGAUUACGAAAAAUUCUUUGCUUCCUUUUUAUAUUGUUUUUGA